CUUCAUUUCAACAAAAACCUUCAAAUCUGAAGUCUCGUUCGCUCUGUUUAGCUCACAACACCAUUUCCAGUUAAUAAAACGAAGUUACCCUUACACCCAUCAUUCCUCUCUUCGUUGCCUGGGGUCCCUAUUGGAUCACAUUUCGCAGGGUUAAUAAUCAUAGGACCCGCUACAUGCAGAAGCAAGGGAAUGCACACUUCUAAGCUUUAAUGCUCUGGAAACUUGCGAAUUUGGUGGAUUGUUGGUCUUUUAUUGAUGUGCUGUGGAAAGCUGACUGCUGACUGUGGAUUUUUGACUUAGAUGUGCACCUAAACACAUGGGGUCAAGCAGUUUUCUAUGGAACUGUACUAAAAAAUUUGUCACAGCUGCUGUCAUCACUGUGACUGUGUCUGAUCGUUUUGCGACAGUUGUUCCUGUUCGAGGUGGCUCUAUGUCUCCCACAUUAAAUCCUAAAACUGGUUCUCUGAUGGAAGAUGUUUUUGAUGACUAUGUUUUUGUUGAGAAAUUUUGCCUUUUGGGGUACGAAUUUUCAAAUGGCGAUGUGGUGGUCUUCCGCUCCCCAACGAAUCACAAGGAGACACACAUAAAAAGAAUAGCUGCAUUACCUGGUGAAUGGUAUGGCACUCAUCAUAACAACGAUGUGAUUCGGAUCCCAUUAGGACAUUGUUGGGUUGAGGGAGACAACUCAGCCUCUAGCAUUGAUUCAAAGUCAUUUGGACCGAUUCCUUUGGCCCUAAUUCGGGGAAGGGUUACCCAUAUUGUGUGGCCUCCUCAAAGAAUAGGAGCUGUCAAGAGUACUCCACCACAAAGAUUAUCUUCUGUAUCGGAAUAAGACUAUUUUCGUUUCUGUAUAAUUGGAUCCCACCUCUAUUGUUUAGUGUCCUCAAAUAAUAGAUGUGAAAGAACUACUCAAAAGAAUCUGACGUGGUUCCCUUGGAUGGGGAAAACGAUUGUUAUUACUGAAGUUGUGUCACGGGAAAGGGGACUUACAUAACCUGUUGUUGAUUUGCCUUAAACCUUGAUUACUUAAAGUAGGUACUGUUAGAUAUAUUAUAUCUUUUAUCUUUA